AUGGAGUUGGCGCACUACGCAGAGGGCUAUGGAGAUUCGAAAGCAGAUCAUGAGGAGCAGGGGAAAGCACGUUGCUGUAUUAGACUACCAGUCUUCGGCGACCCCCCUCGACGCCGCAAUGGUAUUGAUUAUAUGUUUGUUGGUGGAAUGGGGAAUUUACAAUGCGGAUUAGCUUGGGUUGGAGACUUUUGUGGAGGGGUAAUCGACUCUGCCCGAGUUUCGGGUGCUUCAUAUGAUAUUAUCGUACCAUGGUUUCGAAAACUCGAAUUACCAGAGAUUAUCGAUAUAAAACCUGAAAAUCGAUACAGUAUAGACGAGGCUGGUAUAAUGGAGGGUCAGGGUCUCAAUGAUCUAGUAGUAGGAAGCUCCCAGUGUCGAAAUAUUCAGAAAAAACAGCCUGGUUCAAGAGUUUGGAUAUCUUUUAUCGAGUGUAUUUCAGCGACAGGGCAAGUAUUCACACUACUCGUCAUUUUUAAAGGAAAACAUAUUCAACAACAAUGGUUUCCUAUUGAUUUUGCUCUUUAUAAGGAUUGGAACUUUAUUGUUACUGAUAAUGGGUGGACUACGGAUGCAACGGGGCUAGAAUGGUUGGAAAAGGUCUUUAUACCUCAAACUACUCUCUCUGAGGCCGGCGAUGCACGAUUACUUAUAUUGGAUAGUUAUGGAAGUCGGGCAUCAGCUAUUAUAUGGAAAACCCCUCAAAAAGCAUCUGACCUUCGAUUAUAUGCGUCGACUAUGAUCCAAGAAAAAGAGCCUGAUUUGCCAACAAGACACUUGCUUUUUCAUAAGAUUAUCAAAGCUUUUGAUAUCAAGGAUUAUAAUCUUAUGGAAUCGGGGAAGCGUAUAAAGCAAUUGGAGUAUCAAUUGGAUACUGUCAUACCUAAGAAAAGACGUAAGGUUGUUACUAGUCCAUAUACCAGGUUUUCAGGGAUUAGAGCUAUUAGGGAGGCGCAAAUCGUGGCUGGAGACCGUGGAAUUAAUGCAGAAGAUAGCGAUGAUACAAUUGAGAGUGGUGGUACAGGCGAUUUUAUUGAAGUUGGAUAG